AGUUCCAAAGAUUGAGGGUGAUGUAAAAGCACCUAAAAUAGACAUUAAAGGACCAGAUGUAGACAUUGAUGCCCAGAAACCUGGAUUCAAGAUGCCAAAAUUUAAAAUGCCCACCUUUGGAUUCAAAGGUCCACAAUUUGAAGGCCCAGAGUUUGAUGCUCGCCUCCCUGACGCUGGAGUUGACAUAACUUUACCCAAAGUAGACAUCAAAGGACCUGAACUUGACCUAGAGAGUCCUAGUGGUAAGAUCAAGGGGCCCAAAUUUGAAAUGCCAAGAAUCUCAGGACCACAUAUUUCAAUGCCUGACAUUGGUUUCAAUCUCAAAGGACCCAAAGUAAAAGGUGGCCUUGAUGUGUCAUUGCCUAAGAUUGAGGGGGACAUUAAAGGACCUGAGGUUGACAUUAAAGGUCCAAACAUAGAAAUCGAAAAGAAGCAUGGUGGUUUUGAUAUGCCAAAAAUCAAAAUGCCAACGUUAAAUCUCAAAGGGCCUAAAGUUGAGGGGCCAGAUGUUGAUGUUGACAUUAACCUACCCAAAGCCAACAUUGACGUGAAAGCUCCUGAUAUAGACAUCAAAUCUCCAGAGAUUGACAUUGAAACUCCUGAUGCAAAAUUCAAAGGCCCUAGGAUCAAAUUUCCAACACCGUCUGGCCCCAAGCUGCCUGAGUGGGAUCUUAGCCUUAAAGCAUCAAUAAAAGGUGAUGCUGAUCUCUCAGUUCCAAAGAGUGAGGGUGACAUAAAAGCACCCAAAAUAGACAUUAAAGGGCCACAUGUGGACAUUGAUGCUGACAAACCUGGAUUCAAAAUGCCAAAAUUCAAAAAGCCCACCUUUGGAUUCAAAGGUCCACAAUUUGAAGGCCCAGAGUUUGAUGCUCGCCUCCCUGACGCUGGAGUUGACAUAACUUUACCCAAAGUAGACAUCAAAGGAUCUGAACUUGACGUAGAGAGUCCUAGUGGUAAGAUCAAGGGGCCCAAAUUUGAAAUGCCAAGAAUUUCAGGACCACAUAUUUCAAUGCCUGACAUUGGUUUCAAUCUCAAAGGACCUAAAGUAAAAGGUGACCUUGAUGUGUCCGUUCCUAAGAUUGAGGGUGACAUUAAAGGACCUGAGGUUGACAUUAAAGGUCCAAACAUAGAAAUCGAAAAGAAGCAUGGUGGUUUUGAUAUGCCAAAAAUCAAAAUGCCAACGUUAAAUCUCAAAGGGCCAAAAGUUGAAGGUCCAGAUGUUGAUGUUGACAUUAACCUACCCAAAGCCAACAUUGACAUGAAAGCUCCUGAUAUAGACAUCAAAUCUCCAGAGAUUGACAUUGAAACUCCUGAUGCAAAAUUCAAAGGUCCCAAGAUCAAAUUCCCAACAAUGUCUGGCCCCAAGCUUCCUGAGUGGGAUCUUAGCCUUAAAGGACCAUCAAUAAAAGGUGAUGCUGAUCUCUCAGUUCCAAAGAUUGAGGGUGACAUAAAAGCACCCAAAAUAGACAUUAAAGGGCCACAUGUGGACAUUGAUGCUGACAAACCUGGAUUCAAAAUGCCAAAAUUCAAAAUGCCCACCUUUGGAUACAAAGGUCCACAAGUUGAAGGCCGAGAGUUUGAUGCUAGCCUCCCUGACACCGGAGUUGACAUAACUCUACCUAAAGUAGACAUCAAAGGACCUGAACUUGACGUAGAGAGUCCUAGUGGUAAGAUCAAGGGGCCCAAAUUUGAAAUGCCAAGAAUCUCAGGACCACAUAUUUCAAUGCCUGACAUUGGUUUCAAUCUCAAAGGACCUAAAGUAAAAGGUGACCUUGAUGUGUCCGUUCCUAAGAUUGAGGGGGACAUUAAAGGACCUGACAUUGAUAUUAAAGGCCCAAACAUAGAAAUUGAAACGAAGCAUGGGGGCUUUGAUAUGCCAAAAAUCAAAAUGCCAACGUUAAAUCUCAAAGGGCCUAAAGUUGAGGGGCCAGAUGUUGAUGUUGACAUUAACUUACCCAAAGCCAACAUUGACGUGAAAGCUCCUGAUAUAGACAUCAACUCUCCGGAGAUUGACAUUGAAACUCCUGAUGCAAAAUUCAAAGGCCCUAAGAUCAAAUUUCCAACACCGUCUGGCCCCAAGCUGCCUGAGUGGGAUCUUAGCCUUAAAGCAUCAAUAAAAGGUGAUGCUGAUCUCUCAGUUCCAAAGAUUGAGGGUGACAUAAAAGGUCCCAAAAUAGACAUUGAAGGACCAGAUGUGGACAUUGAUGCCGACAAACCUGGAUUCAAAAUGCCAAAAUUCAAAAUGCCCACCUUUGGAUUCAAAGGUCCACAAGUUGAAGGCCGAGAGUUUGAUGCUAGCCUCCCUGACACCGGAGUUGACAUAAGUCUACCCAAAGUAGACAUCAAAGGAUCUGAACUUGACGUAGAGAGUCCUAGUGGUAAGAUCAAGGGGCCCAAAUUUGAAAUGCCAAGAAUCUCAGGACCACAUAUUUCAAUGCCUGACAUUGGUUUCAAUCUCAAAGGACCUAAAGUAAAAGGUGACCUUGAUGUGUCAGUGCCUAAGAUUGAGGGGGACAUUAAAGGACCUGAAAUUGAUAUUAAAGGCCCAAACAUAGAGAUUGAAAAGAAGCAUGGUGGUUUUGAUAUGCCAAAAAUCAAAAUGCCAACGUUAAAUCUCAAAGGGCCAAAAGUUGAAGGUCCAGAUGUUGAUGUUGACAUUAACCUACCCAAAGCCAACAUUGACAUGAAAGCUCCUGAUAUAGACAUCAACUCUCCGGAGAUUGACAUUGAAACUCCUGAUGCAAAAUUCAAAGGCCCUAAGAUCAAAUUUCCAACACCGUCUGGCCCCAAGCUUCCUGAGUGGGAUCUUAGCCUUAAAGGACCAUCAAUAAAAGGUGAUGCUGAUCUCUCAGUUCCAAAGAUUGAGGGUGACAUAAAAGCACCCAAAAUAGACAUUAAAGGACCAGAUUUGGACAUUGAUGCACAGAAACCAGGAUUCAAAAUGCCAAAAUUUAAGAUGCCUACCUUUGGAUUUAAAGGUCCACAAGUUGAAGGCCCAGAGUUUGAUGCUCACCUCCCUGACGCCGGUGUUGAUAUUACUGCACCCAAAGUAAACAUCAAAGGACCUGAGCUUGACUUAGAGAGUCCUAGUGGUAAGAUCAAGGGACCCAAAUUCCAAAUGCCAAGUAUCUCAGGACCCCAUGUUUCAAUGCCUGAUGUUGAUUUUAAUCUCAAAGGACCUCAAGUAAAAGGUGACUUUGAUGUGUCAGUUCCUAAGAUUGAGGGGGACAUAAAAGGACCUGAAGUAGGUUUAGGUCCUAAAAUAGAAAUUGAAGGGCAACAUAUUGGUUUUGACAUGCCCAAAAUCAAAAUGCCAUCCUCUAACCUUACAGGUCCUAACGUUGAGGGUCCAAAUGUUGAUGUCAGCAUUCCAAAAACUAACAUUAAUAUCAAAGCACCCAAAAUAAAAACAAGUGAUGUCAACCUUAAAGGUCUUGAAACAGAGUUUCCAGUUGUUGAUGUGAACCUUCCUAACAUUGACAGUGAAGGAACAAAUGUCAACCUGGGUGGAAUGAAAGGAGGGCUUAAAAUGCCAAAAUUAAAUGUGCAAAUCAAAGAUCCAACCGCUAACAUUAAAGUACCAUCUGCUGCUGUCGAAGGUGAAAAGUCAGGUAUUACAUUUCCAAAGUUUAGGGGUCCAAAAUUUGGAAUUAAGUCACCUGAAGUUGAAUCAUCAGUGUUUAGUAUCGGAUCACAUGGUUCGAGAACAGAGGUAACACUCCCAGAUGUUGAUGCAAGUCUGGAUGCUCCUGACAUUAGUAUAAAGGGCAAAAAGGGCAAAUUUAAAUUACCUAAAUCAAAAGGAAAAAAUAAGAAGCCUGAUCUCCACCUGGAAACGCCAGCAAUUGAUAUUGCGGCACAUGCACCAAAUGUUAAUGUCAAGGGGACAAAAAUUAAAAAACCUAUUUUUGGUAAGCUUCAUUUCCCUGAUGUAGAGUUAGAUAUCAAAUCACCAAAAACUAAAAUCGAUGGAUCUGUUUCAGGGGAAAUGAAACCCACCAAUAUUGACCUUUCAGGUGCUAGUUUAAAUACCUCCACUGAGGGUUCUAGCAUUCAAUGUCCAGAUGUUAGUUCAAAAGGGUUAGACUUUAAAAUAAAGACCUCAGAUUUGAAAACUCCAUAUGUGAAAUAUGGAGCAGGGAUUGAUGCAAGUGUUUUAGGAAGACUUACAUUUGGAGGCCUUCAAUACCCAAAGGAUCCAUUAACAUUUUCUAAAAUCAGGGUACCCAAAGUUGCGUUUGUUUACCCUCCACUAGAGGGCAAAACAUUCAGUGAAAAUGUAGAAACAGAUCUUUCAGCAAGUGGAAGUGUAAACCUACAAUCUCCAUCUGCUAGCUGCCAAGUCGGUUCACAAAGUAUUGACUUUUCCAGUCCAGAACUAAAGCAUGGUGAAGGCAAAGUAAAGGUUAAGAUACCAAAAUUGUUUGGAAAAUCAAAAGCAAAGGGAAGUAGUGCAGGUGACAUACGUGGACCAGGGGUGGAAUUUAGUACAAGUGGAAAGGUACUAGAAGUAGAAGGAGAUCCUAGAAUUGGUAUAUCAACCAAAGGCAAGUCAGCAUCACUAGAUCUGUUUAAGAAAUCUCAACACCGUUCUUCGUCUCUGAGUGAUGAUGGUGGGCUUGCGGUCAGUUCUCCUUCAAUGCAUUUAGAAACUGAAGGAGGUGAUAUUUCAUUAGACCUAGGAGGAAGCAAGAUAAAGGAAAAGAAAAGUAAGUUAAAGUUUGGCACCUUUGGAGGUUUUGGUUCAAGGUCAAAGGGUUCAUAUGAAGUGACACUUGGUGAGGACAGUGAAGCAGGAGCAGAGGGAAGUGCAGGUCUUUCUUUACCCCCUAAAAAGUCAAGAUUAUCUUCAUCCUCCAGCAGUGACAGUGGUUCAAAAGGUGCUUUCCGGUUUCCUAAAGUGGAACUAACUGUCUCACCAAAAAAGUAGUUAUGAGGAAUUUUAAACUCUCAAAUGUACAUUCACACACAUUGACCUAUUUUUGGGUAAGUUCUUCAAAUAUUAAUAUGACAUACAAAGUCAUUUUAAUACAAUACAUCAUACGUUUAUGAGAUUGUUUAAAAUCCAUUCAAACUGUAAAUAAGAUAAUUUGUAUUGUAAUAAUGAAUAUUGUUUUGUAUAUAGUCCAGAUUUAUUGAAAAUGUGCCAUCUUGGAAAAUUAUUCACCCAGAGUUUAUUACAACGUUUGUCAUUUUGUCCUUAUUCAUUUAUCAAGUUCUUGCUAAUGAAUGGUGUGGUAUAUUUGUAUCCAGGGGGCUAUUGCACAGAAUUGAUAGUUACAACAGUUGAUUUGAAGGAGAAUCUUGUUUCUAUUUUAUAUCACAAAAGCAGUUAAAACAUGUAUUAAUUGAUUGUACUUCCAAGCUUCAAUAUUGCAUAACCGAUGCACAAGAAAUAAAGCAAUGUAGAGCUAGCCCUAACGUGCUGAUUCUGAAAAGUGAUGGUGUUGUAUAUACCAAAAGUGCAAAAGCGUCACUGUUUAGAAACUAUCAACUCUCUAAAAUGCUGUCUGUACUCUUCUGUAUAUUUUAAAAAAAUGUAAUGUUAUUAACAGAAAAAAAAAAUCCACCUGCUUCAUUUGUUUUAGGUGUUUUGCUUUCUGACUUAUGCAUAUUCAGUUAUUCCAGAGUUCACAAUCUUCUUCAUUUAAUGCCUUUGUUGUAUGCACACCUGCUUUGAAAAAUGUAAAGCAAUAUUACAGAUAAACAGCUAUGUUUUGAUGUCAUUUGUUAAAAUAAAGUUGCAAUAAUAGAGAGUUGGUUGGUAGGGGCAAAGCUGUUGGCAUAUACGAUAAGAUAGAACAUGAUUCGUUUAGGGUCUAUUUUGUGUGAAUUUUACCAAAUCAACUAAAUAAAAAAACACAAUGUUUCUUGCA